AUGCCUAUAAAUGCAGUCAUGUUAUCCAUCUUCAAACUCAUCAACACUACAACACCCAAUCUUCCAGCAACGCCAACCAAAGCUUCAACAUCAUCUCUAGUAUCAUUCUUUAUAACAGGAAAGAUCCAAUCAACCAGCAAGAUGUGUAUUCACAAGCGUAUGAUCUUCAUUCAGUGCGGCCACACCCGCUGGGGCAGUGAAGUAAAAGCCUGUAAUCAAAAACUUGCCUCUGACACAUCGCCAACCACAUCUAUUGAUUGCGACACAAUGUAUUCUCACCCAAUGCAUACUGUCAAAAUCACCGAGGUGUGCAAGACAUGUGAGAUCAAGAGAAGUAAUACAGAUAGAACCACCGAGAAGUUGAAGAAGGCGUUGAAAGACAUUAGAGAAAGUGUCACGAGAAUGGAGAAGAUGCAAAGAGUGGUCGAGACCACAGAGAAAGCUGAGGUUGAGACCGCAAAGAAAGCAGAGGUUGAUACUGAUGAUGAUGAAGAUUUGGCAGCCUUAGAAUCAUGGGAUUGA